AUGACAGAUGAUGUGCAGCAGUUCAUUCGUCAGCUCUUUCAGCGAGAUUCCGUCACUGGCCAUGAGCCCAGACUAGUAGACCUCUACAGAGGGACUUACUGUCGGCAGGCAACGGGAUCUUGGGUUCAGGAGGCUGAGGUGAUUCGGAGUUCACAAGUCAGAGCGGAGAGUCAUCUAGAUUUAGUCAUCAACAUCUUUGGCGCCGUCUGUGGGAAUCUGAUACGGAAGACAACAACAGACGCGAUGAUGUGUAGAGGGUUCUUAAUCACACUCACAGGAUCUGCUCGGAGUUGGUACCGUCAACUCAAGCCCAAUUCCAUUGGUUCCUUCGCAGAGCUUAGCCGAUUAUUCCUUACCCAGUUCAUAAGUGGUAAGAAGAGUCGGAAGCCAAAUACUCACUUAUUCACCAUCAAACAAAAGCCUAAGGAAUCACUGAAAGAAUACAUUGCUCGCUUCAAUGAGGAAGCGUUACAAGUGGAGGACUACGAUGACAAGAUAGCACUCUCCGUCGUCUUCGAGGGUUUGAAAGAGGGAAGGUUCACCUUCUCUAUUGGGAAGAAUCCACUAAAGACGUUAACUGACCUCAUUGCCAAAUCUCAGAAGUAUACUAACAUCGAGAAAUUCUCCAAUGCCCGCAAGAAUGUUCAAGUGACAGAGUUGACUGGCAAGGGGAAGAGGCCAAGGAAUGAAGAAUCUCAGCCAUCCAGCAAGGGACCAGAUGACCGAACCCCUCGCGAUCGUCGCUCGAGGAGAAAACCAGAGGAAAAAUUCUAUUCCUACACUCCCUUCAACACAUCUACCAAGCAAAUUUUACUAGACAUCAAAGGACACAAACUUCUAAAUUGGCCAGUGUGUAUGAAGGCCGACCCCGAUCAUCGAGACAAGCGCAAGUACUGUCGCUUCCAUCGGGAUCACGGCCACAACACAGCUGAGUGCGUGGAUCCCAAGGAUGAGAUUGAGACCCUUAUUCGUAAGGGACAUUUGUGUCAAUAUGCCAAGGGAGAAAGAACCACUCGGAAAGAAGAGUAA